GGUGAAACGGAUGCGGAAGCCAAGCGUUGCCCGCGACGGUCGAGUUGCCUUCCCUGGGCGGCCUGGCGAUGGGGAGCGGAGGCAUGUGGCUGCAUUGGUGCCUGGCCGCCAGGAGCGCUUCCCGGGUGGCGCGCCACAGGAAGAAUAUCUUUGGCCCUAAAUCAUGGAACCCCAUUUCUCCAGGCAGCAUUGUUUUCCUGCAGUCCCAGAGGACCUAUCGAGCAGUGCUGUGCACUGAACUGAAAAAGCCAUUGGUUGUCAGGGAUGUUCCGUCUGCUUUGCUUCAGUCGCACGAGGUCAGAAUUCAUGUCCGUUGUUGUGGAGUCAAUUUUGCUGACAUACUGGCCUGCCAGGGUCUUUACCAACAUCAGCAUCCUCUCCCAUUCAUCCCAGGAAUGGAAUUCUCAGGAGAUGUGGUGGAGACUGGGAAAGCUGUCACCAACAUCAAAGAGGGGGACUGUGUCAUUGGUGUGACCAAUGGAAAAGCUCUGGCAGAAGAAUACAUUGCAGAUUCAAAGUUACUUUGGAAAAUCCCCCAAGGAGUAUCGUAUGAACAAGCUGCAGCAUUGCCUGCUUCAUAUGGGACAGCCAUCUUGGCCUUGAAAUAUAGAGCACAAACACAACUAGGAGAAACUGUUUUGGUGACUGCGGCCGCUGGUGCUACAGGGCUUGCAGUUGUGGAUGUUGCAGCUAAUGUCCUUAAAGCAAAGGUGAUAGCAGCAGCAGGAAGUGAUGGUAAAUGCCACCUGGCUAUCCAGAAAGGAGCUCUUGAGAGUGUGAAUUACAACGAGGCUAGUCUGAAAGAAGAGGUGAAGAAGCUAACAGCAAACAAGGGAGUUGAUGUGGUUAUUGACACCGUUGGUGGAGACAUCUUCAAUCAGGCAUUGCAUAGUCUGGCUUUUAAAGGCAGAAUUGUGGUGGUUGGUUUUGCUGGAGGAACGAUACCGUCCAUUCCAGCUAACAUACUGCUUCUGAAAAACAUCUCUGCUCUGGGACUAUUCUGGGGCCGGUACCGGGAUGAAGACUUCCCAGUCUUCUCCGCAACCAUUUCUUCAGCUCUUUCAUAUUAUCAAGAGGGUCAAAUCCAGCCUCACAUAGGAGGAGUGUUCAAACUAGAGGAGGUAAAUGAAGCCUUUGCACAUGUGAUUCAACGUAAAUCUACAGGAAAGAUUGUCAUCUCAAUUGAUUAAACCUCUUGGGAAAAUGUAUCUUCUGUGUUACUUCCUGCUGAAGAGAGAAGCUGUUGUCACUGAGUUCAAAUCACUCAGCCUGCGACAGGCCUUUUUGGAUUACAAAAGAAACUUUCUAGUCAAACAUACUCAUUGAUAUAUUUUUUUUUACCAUUUCUGUAGUGGGUCUUGGAUGUUUAGGCACCAACCUUUGGCUGUGCCUUCUUCGUUCCCAGCCAAUUGCCACCAUUGAACCACAGCUAGCUUUCCUCUUCCAUUGGCCCAUUGCCAGCAAUUGGCAAUGGGCCAAUGUCCAUUGCCCACCGCCAAUGGUUCCUAGCCCUCCACUCCCAGCCCUUUGUCCCUGCCCAUUCCCUGAGGCAGGGUUUGAUUUAGGUGUUUUGCUGCCCAGGACAAAUAAUCACAAGCCAGUUGGGUGGUGGGCAGAAGCAAUGACACUGUGGGAGUAGCAUGUGCACUUAGUGGUGGACAGGGUGAUCGCAAGGACUGUGGGGGGCAGUGUACCAUGCAAUUGGUAGCAGGCUGGAGGGGAUAGCAAGAUCAGCGAUGGUGCAUGAUUGCUGGCAGUGCAUGGGGGAGAUCCUGGGGGCUUACGGAGCCACCCAAUUGGUCCAAAAGUGUCAAAGGGUCAAACCCACCACCACUUGGCAGCAGCUUUUUUUUUUUAGAAAAAAGUGUGGAGUAGCCAUGGUGCUUAAAAAAAAAAAACACCUUGUGGAGUGGUGGCAGUGCAAGCGGCAAUGACUCUGUAAGCCCCGGUAUCCUCCCACACAUCACUGGCAGUUGCAUACCACCACCGAUCUUGCUCUCCCCCCCCAGCCUGCCACUAAUUGCAUUGCACACUGCCCCCCACAGCCCCCACAAUCACCCUACUAACUGCUAAUCGCAUGCCACCCUUGCAGUGCUAUUGCUUCUGUCCGCCACCCGAUUCGCUAAUUGUCCUAUGCAGCAAAAUACCCAUGUCUAACCCUGCCUCAGGGAAUGGGCAGUGACGAAGGGUUGGGGGUGGAGGGCCAGGGACCAUUGGCGCUGGACAGUUGCUGGAAAUGGGCCAGUGGAGGAGGAAAACUAAGUGUGAUUUGGCAGCAGGGGUUUGCUGGGAGUGAAGAAGGCGCAACCAAGGGUCACUGCCUAAACAUCCCAUUCCAUCUGUAGCUUCUAUCAGAAUCCAAAGUUGGUGAUUGGUCUUAUUCCAACUUUUCUGUUGGGAUAAGCUGUUGAAGAUUCUAGAUAUUUUGCAGACACCUCAGUAUCCUUUGGCCUGGGGCAAUGUUCUUUCCUGAAGCUUCCAAGCUGAGACAUGGGAGCUAAUUCUACUAUUUGGGCUUUGAAGAUUAGGCUGUAAGAAACUCUGCCUAACAACAAUUGGGGGAUUUCUUUUGAAUUUGAAGAGAGAUAGCAGACUGGAGGGAAUAGGAAUAUUGGGGAAACUAUUGUAUCUUGAGGAAAGUCAAAAUGAUAUAUAAUUUGUAUGUUACUUUCUUUUUUAUGAAUAAAAAAUAUAUAAUUUUC